AAGUUUAAAACUUUACAGCUAAACUCAGAAAAAAAAUAUAAGGUAUGAUUCUUUCAAUUGUAUCUAUUUUUUUUGCUGGAUAUCUGUUCUCCUGUAGCAGGGGAUUUGUUUCUGCAGAAACAACUGCUGUACUUCUAGGAGGUUACUGGGAUGAUGGAAAAACUGAAUCAUAUCCUUGUGAUGUGGCAAUAGGAGAUAUUGGUCGUCUAGACGGACUAGGAGCUGCAGUUCUGAAUGAGCAGAUUGUUUACUGCGGGGGAUGGGAUGGUGAAUACCGCAGAAACUGUUAGAAGAAUGAGGGAAUGGAUUGGAUAGGGAUUGAAAACAUGACAGUGGCUAGAAGAUACUUCACCCUGACUACACUAGGAGACAAGAUACUUGCUGCAGGAGGAGAUACUCCACAGGGGUGGACUGCUACUGUGGAGGUGUUUGAUGGAUCCUCCUGGAAGCUUCAAAACUAUAAAUUAACAUCUCCAAGAAAAGAUCACUGUGCUGUUCCUAUCAGUGAGAGUGAAGUGAUGCUGAUUGGAGGAUAUUAUGGUGGUUUCUUAUUAUCUCUUGUUGAAACCUACAGUAUUGAAAAGGGAUUCAUUGCAGAGCUUCCAUCAAUGCCAACUUCAAGGUAUGGUAUAGGAUGCAGCAUGUUUAAGGGAGAAAUAUGGACAGCUGGAGGAACCAAUGGUAAUGGAUAUAUUCUAGAUGUUGUAGAAAUCCUGACACCAGGGUUUACAGGGGGGACUUGGAGGAGUGGCCCUAAGCUAGCCAUGGGGAGAAGCUGGCUAAGAAUGGAGGUGCUUGACAACAGCCUGGUAGUCUUUGGAGGUGCUGGAGCUGCAGAGAGCCUGGAGAUGCUGGAUGGAGAAGAGUGGAGGGAGGAACCUCUGCAAUAUGGACAUUAUAUGCAUGCCUCUGUAUCGAUUUCUUGUUGAUACAAUUGUAUAUCUAUUCUAUUGUAAUUUAAAUUUAUAAUUUGAUUUAAAAUAUUGUCUUUUCAAAAAAUAAAUUCGUUUUAUUGCA